UUCAACUCUCUUUUUCUCUCAUCGAUCUCUCAAAGCUAGGUUAUGCAAUCAAUCAUGUCCGUUGUUGAAAAGCAUUCUUCGGAACCACAAGCCAAAAGGCGAAAGAUCGAACCAAAGAUCAACGAGUCACCGUUAUCGUUAUCCUCUUCUAGUAGCUGUGGUCACUGGUACGCACUUCAUGGAAUCUGCAUCGCCUGCAAAUCAACAGUUGACAAAAGGCAAGGCCGAGCGUUCGAUUAUAUUUUCCAAGGUUUACAGCUAAGCCACGAAGCUGUGGCGUUAACCAAGUGCUUAACAACGAAAUCAUCUUGUCUCAACGAGAAGAAGCUUCACCUUGUACUCGACUUGGACCACACGCUUCUCCACACUAAAGAGGUUCCUCGUCUCUCCGAAGCAGAGAAGUAUCUACUCGAAGAAGCAGGUUCAAUGAAGAGGGACGAUCUAUGGAAAAUCAAAGACUCAGGAGAUCCCAUUGAAUUUUUGACAAAGCUAAGGCCUUUUGUUCGCGACUUCUUGAAAGAAGCCAACGAGAUGUUCACCAUGUAUGUUUACACAAAGGGUAGUCGCGUAUACGCUAAGCAUAUUUUGGAGGUGAUUGAUCCGAAGAUACUCUAUUUUGGGGAUAGAGUGAUAACAAAAGACGAGAGUCCUCAUAUGAAGACGCUUGGUUUGGUUUUGGCUGAGGAGCGUGGGGUGGUGAUUGUGGAUGAUACGCGUAAAGUUUGGCCUUAUCACAAGAGUAACCUAGUUGAUAUUAGCAAGUACUCCUAUUUCAGACUCAAAGUCCAAAAGUCAAAGCCUUACUCUGAGGAGAAGACAGACGAGAGUGAAAGCAACGGUGGAUUGGCGAAUGUUUUGAAGUUACUCAAGGAAGUUCACCGUAGAUUCUUCAGAGUCGAGGUCGAGGACGAGUUGGAGGCGAAGGACGUUAGAUCGCUGCUACAAGAAAUAGACUUUGAACUCAAGCAAGAAUCUGUUGAUUGAUCUCUUUCUGUCUUUUAAACUCUGUAUAAACUUCAUUUAAGCAUUGCAAGUUUGUCUAUUUUAUAAAAUGUGUUUGCAAAGAUACAUUGACUACGAAGACUUUAAAACAUAUACGGUGAAUGUGGGUAUUUCACUAGUUAAUUAAAAUCUCAAACAUACGUUGAUCA